AUCAUGCUACGCGUACUUCAACUGCUUCUUUUUGUGUGAAACCCGAAAAAUGCCCCUCACUAUCGAUUACAUUCUACAAACUUUGAGCAUCGUUCUGCUGUACUACGUAGGAUUCUUAGCGAGCACUCACCUGCUGGGCAUCUUUACGCUGUACAAGCUGUUCUUCUAUACACCCUUAUGGCCGGUUGUACUUCUCUAUUUAUCAUGGACGUAUCUCAUUGAGUGGAAAACCCCUGAACGUGGCGGAAGAGAUCUUCUGAUAAACUUUGCAAGAAGGCUUUCUGUUUUCAAGUACAUGAGGGAUUACUUUCCUAUUAACCUCGUCAAAACUAGCGACCUCGAUCCACAGAAGAAUUAUAUUUUUGGAUAUCAUCCCCAUGGGGCUCUUACCGAAGGAGCAUCGAUAGGAUUGAAUACAGAAGCAUGUGGAUUUAGUGAAAAAUUCCCUGGAAUCAUUCCGCAUCUUUCCGCGCAUUCAGGUAUCCUAACAGCCUUGUUAUACCGUGAUAUCGUGUUGGCCCUUGGCGUGAUUGAUGUGACACGUGACAGCUUGGAAUACAAUCUGACACAGAAGGGGGCGGGACACUCGGUUGUCAUCAUCGUGGGCGGACAAGCAGAGAUACGAGAAAUGGGCUUUGAUAGCUACGUGCUGAUAAUGAGUCGGCGGAAAGGAUUCAUUAAAUUGGCUUUACAACUUGGAUGCGAUCUUGUCCCUGUGUUCGCCUUUGGACAGAACAAUCUUUAUCAUCAUUUUAUUGGCGGCAGUAGUUGCACCCGAUAUUCACGACCUCAGCUUUGGUUUAGAAAUUUCACUUCUUGCCUCGGAACUUGCUUUCUUCCGGGACGGUCUCCAAUCAACGUUGUAGUGGGAUCGCCUAUUUCUGUAUCUAAGAUUGAGUGUCCAACGCAGGAGGAUAUCGACAAACUUCACGAACGGUACAUAGACGAACUGAAAGGAUUGUACGAGAAAUAUAAGGACAAGUAUCACCCAUCAGAGAGAUCAGAGUUGUUGAUCGUCUAAUUUACAUUAAACGAAGUUGGUUGAA